CCAUCUUGGAUUUCACUUUGAAUUUUAGACUCAAACCUGGACAAAGGAGCUUGGAUUUGAACCAGAUUUAGACUCUUGGUACCAGGAUGAACUUGCCGACAUGGGAGGAGGUGGAGGGCUGGGACCAGGGAUAUGUGGCUGCCUUCAUGCACCAGAUGAAAAUGUAUGAAUGUGCUGUUAUUGUCAACCGAUAUCAAAUCAAUGGACACAGAUUUUUGAACAUGACUGAAAACGACCUGAGGAAGUUUAGCCCCAUUCUUCAGCCGCAGCUUCAGAAAAUUGUCCAAGACAUAAAGAAGAAUGACGGCAGCAUAUUGGACAAACUAAGGAGACUCAAGAGUAAAUCAGUGCCCAGACUCCCAGCCAGAGACUACAGAGGUGAAGAUAGAGACGAGAGUGAAGGCUCUGACCCUGAAUAUGACAAUGAAACGUAUGAAGCUCCACAAGGGGACCAUGACGACAGCUACGAGCCUCCUCCCUCUCACCAACACCGAGUGUUCACCUCCGGAGCUGUGCCGCGGGGGGAGUAUCUCGACAGCUGCCGAGGCCGACCAGAGCGCCCCCCGAAUAAGCCCCAGCGCCUGGGGAGAGCGGGCAAACGGCUGCCCCCUCCGCCCAUAUCCAAGCACCAGGACAAUGAUGAGGAGGACUACAUAAACCCAGAUGGCAACAAUGAUGACGACAAUUACAUCGAACCAGAUGAGAAUCCACCUCAUAGAGGCAGAGCAGUAAGAAAUCUACCCAGAGUCUCCCCACAGCGCCCCUCUAGUCCUGACUGUUAUGAAGUCCCAGACACUGAGGUGAAGCCUCAGCCUCCUCCAGUUGUAAACAGUUUUACAGCAGAGAGAAUACAAAAAAGAGAUAGACUCCAGUGUCCAAAACCCUCACAACCACAUCCUUUACCUCCCACACCAAGCCCAAGGCUACCUCCAAGAUCUACUACUCCUGAGCCAACAGGGGAUGAUGAGUACGAAGUGUGUGAUGCAGAUGACAUUCCAGAGUGCAGCAGCGAUAAACUAAGAGAACCUCGUCCUCUUCCUCAUCCCAAGCCACUGCCCAGAGAGAGAUCACCAAAGCCUCUCAUGAAACCAAAACUACCAGUCAAACCAUCCUUCCGAGAGUUUGAGAACCGAACUUUGCCAUUGACACCAAGUGAACCAGCUCCACUUCCUUCAAAAGCCUUCUCCCUGGACCUAAAACGACCAAAGAUUCCUAUUCCACAUUUCCUGUCUCACAGACAAACUGACCAGCAUGAUGUUCCAGACAAAGGCUGUGUGGAAGAAAAUAAGGCAGAGAUCAAAUCUGAAGAAGAACUACAUAGUAAGCCAUGGUUUGCUCAGUUUUGCGAUCGCAAAACAGCUGAUGAAGCCCUGCUCGAAUGCUAUCAGGACGGAGCGUUUUUGGUGAGAAAGAGUUCGGGCCACGAUGCACAGCAGCCCUACACUUUAGUGGUGCUUUAUAAUAAUAGAGUCUACAACAUCCCCAUCCGAUUCAUACAGAGCAGUCAGCAGUUCGCCCUGGGCCGGGAGAAGAGGGGAGAGGAGUAUUUCAGCAGCUUGACCCACAUCAUCGAGCACCAUGAGAGGACUCCACUGGUUUUGAUCGACAGCCAGAGCAACAGCAAAGACGCCACCAGACUCACCUUCCCUGUCAAACCAUAGACACAGAACAUGGGAGCACAAGUAGCAGAAUUGUUUUUGGUGGUUUUCAACUGGUUUCACGAAUAACUAAUUGUAUUUCUCAAGUUACAUGUAAUAUAGUAUUGGUGGUUUUCAGAUUAGAAUGUGAGGAUGUCAUAUUCCCAGGUGGGUUGGAUAGACUUUCCUAUUUAUUACAUUGUACUUUACCCUGAAAUAUCCAAAAUGUGAAUGCAGAAAUGCCAAACCUGGUCAUUUCUGACCCUCACCGUAUUCCAACAAAAACCUGCAUUUUAAUAUCCCAGACCACCUCAACACAAAAUUGUUCUACGUCCAACAUGUUGAACUAACAAAUGGGUUAUAUUUGGGGGGAAAAAUACACUGCUAAACUGGUAUUCAGAAUUGUGAAAGAAUAAUUUGUCCUUUUUACCACAAAGUUGCAUAAAUGAUGUACAGUGAACAUACAAUAAUGUUUUUGUUUAAAUCUUUUCAUAUAAAACAAAGGGAAAGCAGGAAUGGUCAAUAGUGCAUAUUUAAAGCUGCACUGUGUAACACUCUGUGAGGGGUUUCCACCUCAUAGGAGUUACAAUAGUUUACAAUGUGGUUAAAUACUGUACCUUGCAGCCUUUUCAUUGGGCUAGUACUUCCACUUCCAAUAUUGUUUUGUCUGGUAUUUUUUCACAAAAUAACAUAAAGCUUAUCUAGUAUUUGACACCACCAAACCAAGUAUUUUUGGCAAGCACCUGUAAUCAAUGACUUCAAUUGAACAAUUGAAAGACAAAUAAAUUUAUACCAGACAAUCCUUCUUUGAACAUGCAUGAAUGCAUUAGACAUCACCUACCUUCCAUUUAUUACUCCAUCCUCAGACCUAAGACUAAACAAUGAAACCAGUAGGGCUAGCCAGUAUGCUAAUAGGUGUUAGAGCACCCAUUAGGGACUUGAAUGCUUAUGCUAAGUAUUACUCAGGCAUAGUUCACUCUUAGUGUAGCAUAUAGGUGUGUUAGCUUCACUGUAGUUAUCUCCUCCCUGCAGAUAGAUACAGGGUGGCCCAAAGGUCACUGACACUUUUAAAUCUUCAGUAGCUCCUAUAAUUCUUAAGUUAUACUCACCAAAUUUUAGCAGUAGGUAAACUAAACCUUCCGAGAUUUUUGCCAAUAUAUACGGUUAUAAUUGUUCACUUACACUUGAACUUAUAACUACUUAAACUAGAGGAAGUAAAAAUGACCAAAUUUUUUUUAAAUAAUGUUUUUAAGUGCCCACUAUUUUCGGUUUUGCACUGAAUAUCCUGAUCCAACACACUUUGCAUAACAUCUGAAAGCAGUUCCGGGCUUUUGGCUCUUAUUUGAUCCUUGAAAUUACGUUUUAAGUAAUUUAUUGUCUGAUGUUUAUUCACAAACACCUUUUCUUUAAGCUCGCCCCACAGGAAGAAAUCAGGAUUAGUCAGGUCUGGGGAGAUCACAUUCUGCACUCUGUCUUUGAAAACCACUUAUUAUUCCUUUAAUGGCAUUUACACUUGGGGCAUCUCUGGUAUUAAAAUAUCGACUGUAACAUCUCUGGGUUUCUGAAUUUGACCCAUGUGACUCAAAGUACCACUGUACAAUGAGGGUUCAUUCCUCUGUGCUAUAUUUGCUCAUAUCAAUUUCGAAAGGGUAGUUCUAAAUGCUUUGAAAAAAAUAAAAUACAAAUAUUUAGAAAAAAAAUAUAUAUUUUUUUAACUGUCAGUGACUUUUGGGGUCCACCAGCAAUCUAACCCAAAUCUAACUAAAACUGAAGCAGCUUGGAUGAGCAGUGAAACAUGUUCACUGCAACAACUUUUUGUCCAGUUGGCAGAUUAGAAUUUAUCUUUUACUAUGGAUCAUACGUG